AUGGAGGCUUCACCUCUUGAGUUACCAGCUGACACACUUCAACGCAUCGCAUCUGAACUUAGAUGUCACCUGACAGAUGAGAGGGUUGCCCUCCACCUUGAUAAGGAAGAUAAGCUGAGGCACUUCAGAGAGUAUUUUCAUAUCCCCAAAAUGCAGGAUCUACCUGCAGUUGAUUUAUCUUUAGUGAAUAAGGAUGAAAAUGCCAUCUAUUUCUUGGGCAAUUCUCUUGGCCUGCAACCAAAAAUGGUUAAAGCAUAUCUGGAAGAAGAACUAGAUAAGUGGGCCAAAAUGGGAGCCUAUGGUCAUGAGAUAGGGAAACGUCCUUGGAUUACAGGAGAUGAGACUAUUUUAGGCCUUAUGAAUGACAUUGUAGGAGCCAAUGAGAAAGAAAUAGCCCUAAUGAAUGGUUUGACUGUUAAUUUACAUCUUCUACUGCUAUCAUUUUUUAAGCCUACACCAAAACGGUAUAAGAUUCUUUUGGAAGCCAAAGCCUUCCCUUCAGAUCAUUAUGCUGUUGAGUCACAGCUUCAACUACAUGGACUUAACAUUGAGAAGAGUAUGCGGAUUGUAAAGCCAAGAGAGGGGGAAGAAACAUUGAGAACAGAGGAUAUCCUUGAAGUAAUUGAGAAGGAAGGAGACUCAAUUGCAGUGAUCCUGUUCAGUGGGGUACAUUUUUACACUGGACAGCUCUUUAAUAUACCUGCCAUCACAAAAGCUGGACAAGCAAAGGGUUGUUUUGUUGGCUUUGAUCUAGCACAUGCAGUUGGAAAUGUCGAACUCCGCUUACAUGACUGGGGAGUUGAUUUUGCCUGCUGGUGCUCCUACAAGUAUUUAAACUCAGGAGCGGGAGGUCUUGCUGGUGCCUUUGUCCAUGAAAAACAUGCUCAUGCAAUUAAACCUGCGUUAGUGGGAUGGUUUGGCCAUGAACUCAGCACCAGAUUUAAGAUGGAUAACAAACUGCAAUUAAUCCCUGGGGUUAGUGGAUUUCGAAUUUCAAAUCCUCCCAUUUUGUUGGUCUGUUCCUUACAUGCUAGUUUAGAGAUCUUUAAGCAAGCGACUAUGAAAGCAUUGAGGAGAAAAUCUGUUUUGCUAACUGGUUAUCUGGAAUACAUGAUCAAGCAUUACUGUAACAAAGAUAAAGCAGAUACCAAGAGACCAUUUGUGAACAUAAUUACUCCAUCCUGCAUAGAGGAUCGUGGCUGCCAGCUAACACUAACCUUUUCUAUUCCAAUAAAAUAUGUAUUCCAAGAACUAGAAAAACGAGGAGUGGUUUGUGACAAACGGGAUCCAGAUGGCAUCCGAGUGGCUCCAGUUCCUCUCUACAACUCUUUUCAUGAUGUUUAUAAGUUUAUCAAUCUACUUGCUUCUGCGCUUGACUCUGCAGAAACCAAAAAUACCAGUGUUCUCUAG